UCCAAAUAUAUAAGGUAAGCUAUAGUUCUACUUGUAGGACCAAAGGGGUGAAUGUAGAGGCGAGGCUCUUUCAACUGCGAAUUCUAUACAGGACCGAAGACCCACAAAAUAAGAUGUGUUUGCACUUGCUCUGUCUGACCCAGGCUGCCGGCCCUGAGAUGAGAAAUGUUCCCUCAGAAGGGACGGUGUCAUUUGAAGAUGUGGCUGUGAACUUCACGUGGCAGGAGUGGCAGUACCUGAGUGAAGCUCAGAGGACCCUGUACCGGGAUGUGAUGCUGAGACCUGCAAUCACCUGGUGUCCCUAGGGCACUGUGUUACCGAUCCUGAGGAGAGCAUCAGUUCGGAGCAGGGAUUACAGCCAUGGACUGUGGACAAUCCCCCAAACCAGGACCUCUCAGAUGUCCAUACUGUGGAUCACCUGACUCAGGACAGCCCUGCAAAUCAGGGCAGACAUGUGUGGCAAGUUCUUACCACCAGCAGCAAAAUUCCAUCCAACGAGAGAACUGACUUAAUGGAAAAAAGCAAUUUGCACUCAAGUCAUUGUUUGAACCAUAGUAUCAAAAAUGAAAACAAUUCAGCAAUGAUGCCUGAGAACUUUACUCUACAUAGGACCAUGAUGAUCUCUGGUGAGCCUCAUGAAGGGCAUGCUGGAGAGAACGAGGAGGUCUUUAGUAGAAUGAGGGAACCCAUCAAGUAUCCUGAGCACCUUAGUCACCAGGUGAUUCAGAACUUUCAACAGCCUUUUGAAUUUCGUGAACAAGGAAAAAGUCGUGAGUGAAGAAACAGUAUUUACAUUUAGAGGAGCCCUUCUGGAAGGGAUUGUCCAUAAAUGCAAUGAGUGCAGGGACACCCGUGAUGAGGUACCUUUCGUUGUCCGAGACAGAACCCAAGGAGGACAGACUCGCUGCAGUUGUAAUGAAAAGGGGAGAGCUGCGGAGAUGACUCCAGUGCAUUUGAAUCCUCCUAGGUAUGUUGAACAUGAGCAGCAGAAAUGUUGUGAAAGUGGGGCCAGUCUCAGAAACACAUUUCACCCCUAUCUGCGUGAGAGUAUCCAGUUAGGAAAGAAUAAUUUGGGAUAUAAGAGAUAUGGUGAAGUGGCCUCUAAAACCUCUGUUCUGACUGAACAUCAGAAAACACAAGCAGACGAUCAACCUGAUGAGUGUGGGGGCACCGCUGAGAUUUCCUUACAGAGGGGAUACCAGAGAAAUCUCACUGCAGUGAAGUUGUUUGGCUCUAAUGAUUACGUGAAAACUUACUCAUGGAAGACUGCCCUCACUUUACAUCCACAGUCUCAAACGGGAGUGAAGCGCUACCCGUGUCAGGUGUGUAAGAAAACUUUCAGGCGGAAACCUGCUUUUAGUGUCCAUCAGAGAACUCAUACAAAGGAGAAAUCCUAUGAAUGUCAGGUGUGCAGGAAAGUGUUCUCCCGUAAGUCACUUCUUGUUCUACAUGAGAGGACUCACACUGGAGAGAAAUGCUAUGAAUGUGAAGGGUAUGGGAAAGCUUUUUCCAGUAAGUGUUACCUCAGUAAGCAUCAGAGAAUUCACACUGGAGAGAAGCCUUAUGAAUAUCAAGAGUGUAGUAAGACUUUUCAGUGGAAAUCAUCCCUCAGUAAACAUCAGAGAAGUCACACUGGAGAGAAACCCUAUUAUUGUGAUGAGUGUGGGAAAGCUUUUUCUAGUAAGUCAUCCCUCAGUCUCCAUCAGAGAAGUCACACUGGAGAGAAGUCUUAUGAAUGUCAAAAGUGUAGGAAGACUUUCCUCUGGAAAUCAUCCCUCAGUCACCAUCAGAGAAUUCACACUGGAGAGAAGCUUUACGAAUGUCAAGCGUGUAGGAAGACUUUCCUCUGGAAAUCAUCCCUCAGUAAACAUCAGAGAAUUCACACUGGAGAGAAACCCUGUGAUUGUGAAGGGUGUGGGAAAGCUUUUUCCUGUAAGUCAAACCUCAUUAGACAUCAGAGAAGUCACACUGGAGAGAAACCCUUUGAUUGUGAAGGGUGUGGGAAAGCUUUUUCUAGUAAGCCACACCUCAUUACACAUCAGAGAAUUCAUAGUGGAGAGAAAUCCUAUGAGUGUCAAGAAUGUGGGAAGACUUUCCGCCAGAAAUCAUCCCUCAGUAAACAUCAGAGAAGUCACAGUGGAGAGAAGUCUUAUGAGUGUCAAGAGUGUGGGAAAACUUUUUCCAGUAAGCAAGCUCUCACUGGACAUCAGAGAUGUCACUGGACAAAAUCCCUAUGAUUGUGAAGAAUGUGGGAAAACUUUUCAGGAAGUCAGCCCUCACUAGGCAUGACAAACUCCACACUGGAGUGAAAUGCUAUGAAUGUCAAGAGUGUGCAGGCAGGCCUCCCCUGGUGGUGCAGGUGGUUGAGUGCAGUGCUGUGAAGCUGUCCAUGGCCUUUGUGGUGGGAGUUUGAUUCCCUGGCCAGCCAGGAGCAACCCCAUGGUGCGGCAGACCUCUCCUGUCUCGCCCGCUGCGUGUAUUUCAGCAGUGUAUUUCGGUCAGUCUGCCUGUUCUGAUCCCCUCUCUGUCUCUGGUGCAUCCUUUCACCCUCCCACACAUCUGGCCUGUACCCUGGUUCUUAUAUGCUUGAAUAAAUAAAAAUAUUUUAAAAAAUAUUCAAACUUAGGAGUUCAAACCACAUCAUGCAGCUGAGAGCAAUGGGAACUGACAUACAGUUUCAAUCUUAAUUGCGUGGAGUUACCUGGUUCACUCUGUUCUCCCAAGUUCAUACAGUGAUGAUGUCGCUGUUCCUGUUGCUGUUGCUUCUAGUAUCCUCUUAAGUUCCUGGGCGAUGCUAUGCCUGUCCACAGCAGCUGUCUGUCUACAUGGCACACUGCAUGUUGUGUGGGUAAGUGAUCUCUCUGGGUUUUCUAACUUAGUCAUCGCAUUCUGUCCAGUACUCUAAGUCUCUGUGGUGCCCCCCAAUGCUGGAAUUGCUCACCACCAAAAUGUCCUCCUCUAGAAGGAAAUGUUGAACUGUGUGCUCUCGGCUAUAGGUUGAGGUCUGCAGGUGUCUUUACUUACCUUUCAUGAUGAAGGUUUUUCAGGGCCCCCCUGGUGGCCUCGGGGUUAAGUCUCAGCGCUAUUGCCUGCUCUGGCCUGGGUUUCAGCCCUAGCUAUGGAGCUGCCCCACAUAUGGCCACAACAGGCCUCUCCUGUGUCACCUGCUGCUCCCGUUAGCCAGGUAUUUCAGUGGUUCUGCCUGUUUGUCACCACACUCAGUAUCUGGUGAAUCCUCUCACCCCCGAGCCUCUGGUCUACACCCCAGUUCUACAGAAUAAGGGAAUUUUGUUGGAAGAUUAAUUCUGCAUACAAGACCUGGGGUGCAAGCCAGAGGUAUGUGGGGGUGAGAGGAUUCUCCACAGAGAGAGUGGGGUGCACAACAGGCGGAUCUACUGAAAUCCACUGCUGAGGGGGCAGUGGAGACACAGGAGAGGUCUACUGUGUCUGUGGGUCACCUCCCUGGCCAUGGAUCAAACUCGUGUCUGCAGUACUGAGCUUCAUAGUGCUGAGACUUCACCCCUGCACCAACAGAGACCCCUGAAAUUUUUUUAAAGGAAAGGAUUCUUGCCUGUUAAAAAUUUUUUAUUAAAUUAUUGUUCAUAUUUGUGCAAUAUUGGAUUGCUCCCCUUCUGUAUAAUUCUUGCAAAUGUCCUGUCCGCACCGCCCCUGUGACCCAUCACCCCAGGCCCUGGUGCUCCUCCUCCCCUCCUGGCCCCUCUUCUGCCCCAUCUCCUGCUGGCGUCUCAGCUCUGUCAUCUGCCUGCUAGUUUUGUCUUUUUCCCCUGACCCUUUCUUCGUCCCCCUGUAUUCCUCCUGGAGGUGAUGAUGUAAUCCAGGUCUUUUUCCUUCACUCUUUGUUCAGAAUAUAAUCCCUUCUGCCAUUGCUGGCCGUGCCCUGAAUGUGGUCUUUGUCUGAGUCAGUUCAUACCUUGGGGUGAGUGGUCGGUGUGGAAUGUGGUGGCCGAGGAAGUCCUUGAUGUAACUCUCGCUACCACUCCCCACUCAGGGGCCCCGGGCACCUUCUGGUGUGUUUCUUUGGCUCUGUGGUGAUGUAGCCAGGCUAGAAAACAAAGUAUAGUUUGACUUUUAACCCUUUGCACUCCGAACCAUUCUGGACAUUGGCUACCGGCUACUCGACGCUACUUUGCUGCGGAAAUGUGCAUUUACAGACCCUCAUAUUAUUUAGUAUAAUUUUGGAACCAAGUAACGUAUUAUAAUGAUAUUGGACAUAUAUGAAUUGGGUGACAUCGAGGAAUGUAUAUUUGCAAAAAAAAACAAAUAUUUUAUUGUUUAUAAUUUUGUACAGUGUGAUAAGUUUUGUAACACUCCCCAAUAUGCAUUGCAGGCUGAUUAGUGGAGCUUAUCUUUACUACUACUUGUGUCAUGAGACUCAUUCGUGGU